ACAAUUCAGGUAAUUUGAGGCGUUCUACUAGAAGGUGGCUUCUUCGAACAGCCUCGGAGUUUUCGGGGCCUCGUUAUUUAGUCCUUGUGGAUCAACAACCCGGAAAGGAGGCUUAGAUUGUGUUGACUGCUCGUGAUCUUGUACGUUCUUUGAUUGAGAGUGAAGUUCCUAUAUGCCUCGUUUACUCAGUUGCCUCUGUUGUACUCCGUCUUGUUGUUUAUUCUGGAAAUCCCACUUCAAGUCCAGCUCCCUGAACGAUUUUGGAUCCACCCACUCAGGUCCAACCAAGGCGAAAAGCUUAGGUCCCGAGCAAUUCGAUUUGUGUCUCGUCAGUGAAAGUAAUGGUGGAACGAUGAACAAGUUCGGAGAUGAUUAUGCGGACAAAGAAAUACCCUGGAUAGACUCGGAUCUCCAUCCAUACAUCAUCUUUGAGCGUCCGAAACAAAUUAUGAAUGUGAAGAGAUAUUCCUUGGAGUAUCUCAUGAAGAGACAAAUCCAAUGAAUCACAAAAGGCUCAUAUUUGGUGAACAUCCGGUUACACUGCGUCCAUACCCCAAAAGCUCUCGACUUCUUCAUCUUCGUCUUUGCGUACAACUUCGGCCCUUUCCUUACGUGGUCGAAUGUACGGCACAAGCAUUCCCAGGCUUGGAUCUACAUGUGUGUAUAUUUGAUUCCAAUUCGCAGAGCCAUGGUACGGUGGCUCCCCAUGAUACUAACCAGGAUGACGAUGAGGGCCAAGAGCCAGAGGACGACGUGGAAGAACAAGAGGAUGACCAUGCUCAUCGAACACAUUCACUUCAUCAUCAACAACAACAACAACAACAGCAGCAACAACAACAACAACAACAGCAUCCCCACCAUUAUCAUCCCCACCACCAACAGCAACCAGAACACCAUCACCAACCCCAACACCAUAUUGUCCACUUCAAAGAAGAGCCAGCCAAUGUUCAGAGGAAAGGUCUCCUUUGGCAACAACGAGAUAAGCUCUUCUCCCGAUGGAAGGAGCGCUAUUUCAUUUUAACCAAGGACUACUUUCAUUGCUUCAAGAAAGGUUCAUCAAGAAUGACCGAGAUGGGAGGAUUCAUUUUCAAGCUCAAACUGCUUGAUAUCGACAGCGUGGAUUUACUAGACAAACGCGGGUACUUGACCAUUUGCAUCUCGCUCCUCAAGGAGGGCAAGAUAUAUUUGCGACGACCGGAAGGAAUCAAGGAAUGGUACACGACCCUUCAGACCCACAUCUACGACUGUAAGCGGAAACGCAAGUUUUGGGUGGACUCUUCUCGACAAAUCACGGAUUCCACCGGAAUUGAACAAUGGCUCUUGUCCAGGCAAAAAGUGGGAGGCACGACAAACAACACACCCUCAGGUAAUCAAUUUGGGUACUCCGCCUCGAAUCCCAAUAUCAUGGACUCAUCCUCGUCUGGGUUGUCCUCGGCACAUUCUGGAACCACAGCCCCUAAUUCGAGGCACACCUCGGUGGAAAGGCCCAAUAACAUCUCGAACGGUGCUCGACAUCCCUUCACCAUUUCGCGUAGUCAAAUCCUGGACAAAAACAACAAUGAGAACAUGGAUCAUCUGAAUGAUUUUGACCGUCGUGGCUUCGGGGAUGGACUUGAAGCGAAGAAAAGAGACCCCGGCGAUUUCAUGACUGCCAGACGAGAGCGAAUCAUGAAGGACGAGAAGUUGUCUAAAACUAGUCACGAGAUGGCGCACAACGCGUCCGAUCCACCAUCGAUGUUAUCUGCUUACUCCUCUGGUCCAAGAUCCAUAGAUAAUACUAAAGUCAAAUUGACGACCUCGAUCAGCAAAAGUAAUGGGUUGUCCCAAUCCCCACAAUUGCAAAUUCACUCCCCAAAGUCCCAACAACCCAUUCAGCCUCCGCCCCAACCACAACCACCUCGGGGAAUCAACAGAAUGCUAUUGGUGAAUGAACUGAUUCUCAAGGAGCAACUCGUCGGCGAGGAUUCGUGUUCGAAAUCCGGAGGAGGCACAACGGAUGAGUGUUCAUCAUCGGACAUGGAUAUGAGUACGACAACCACCACUAAAUCAUCCUCGCCUCGGUCUACCAUGCAAAUCGUGGCGAGCAUGUCUCCACCCAACAAGUCCAUUUUGAGAAUCAAGAAGGUGUCCGACGAUUCUGGUCAUGAUUCUGGGCAUAACUCCAUGCAUACGAAUUCUUCUGACUCGAAUUCCGACGGUGGCACGCCCGAGGAUCACUCAGCCAGUCCUCCAAGCAUGAAAAAUGGAGGCACCACCAGUGUGGUAACCAUUAAUGGAACAUCCGUCAAGCAACCUUACACUAGCUUGGAAGAUUCCCUUAUCUUGUCCAGUGAUAUUUCUUCCACUCCAGCCGAACUGCGGGCUUCCAAAUCGAAUUUUAUUCGAUUCAGAGAUAAAUCCUGCAUUGCCACAAGUUCAUUGAGAAAUCCACUGUAUCGAAAGACCUACUCGUUGGGUCAAGUCAUAACCGAUCUGUAAUCUCAAUUGAGUAUCCUUGUUGUUUGAGCGUAACGUGAGGCAUGAAAUACAUAGAUUUAUCAAAUCGA